AUGCAGACCCCGUCCCUCGUUCAGGUCAUUGCCGCCGCUUUGGCAGCCUCGACGGCUGUCUCGGGCUUCCAGGCCCCCGGCACCAACACGGUGUCUCGACGGGCUGUGGCUGCGGUUGCCGCUCUUGCUGUUCCUGCCCUGGCGGCCCCUCUUGAAGAGGAAGCAAAGAUCGUCGAAAUCACGGCACGCAACCCGGCCAAGGGCAAGAAAGGCAAGAAGGGAAAGAAGGCCAAAGGCGCCGCCGCCGCCGCCCGUGCUGUAGAUGAGGAAGGGGAUGAUGAGGAUGUGGCCGACCUCGAAACCCGCGAGCCCGCCAAGAAGAAGAAGGGCAAGAAAGGCAAGGCCGCCGCCGCCACCGCCGCUGCUCGUGACGUCGCCGACGAUGAAGAUGAGGAUAAUGAGGAUGCUGACCUCGAGAAGCGCACACCCGCCAAGAAGAAGGGAAAGAAGGGCAAGAAAGCUAAGGCUGCUACUGCUGCCACUGCUGCCCGUGACGUGGACGUAGAGGACGACGAGGAUGCUGACGAUCUCGAGAAACGCACGCCCGCCAAGAAGAAGGGCAAGAAGGGCAAGAAGGCAAAGGCUGCUGCUGCUAACUGA